GACGGAGAGAACCGCACAGCCCUGCAGAGACACGGAACCAACGGCGUCUGCGCACACUAGAGCGGAAGUUCAUCGCGAAGGACAAGGUUGCUCAGGGGGACUGGUUUACCUGUUGUACCAGCGUGCAGGUUGCGUUUCUUCUGCGUUCUUCUAUAUUACGAUGGCAGAAAGUGAAGAACAGAGUCCAGAACUCCCUUCUCUUCCACAAGAGGACACUGCUCAGGGUCAGAAGGUGACACUGCACGCUCCGCAGCCUCGCUUGUGCAGGUUCUACUCCCAGGGACGUUACUGCCAGUUUGGACAGAGAUGCAGAUUUCGGCAUCAACGUGUAGAUCACAAACUCCCUGAGAAAAAGAAUAAGCUGCUCGUACCAAAUAAUACUGUGGAGCAGAAUCCAGUUGCAGAACAACUGGCUCCACAUGGCAAAGAUGAGCUGAACCGUGUCCCACCAAAGGCCCACCCUGAACCGCUCCACAAGCAGCACCGAAACAGAAAGCUCUGCUGGUACUUUGCUUCAGGAUACUGCUCCAUGGAUCAGAACUGCAGGUUUAGGCAUCCUCAGAAGCUUCCAGCUGUACAUGAUGAUGUCUCUGGAAAUAAAAAAACACCUUGUAGAACGAAGGUGGAGCGACCAUCGAUUAUUCCAAAAGAGAUAAAGUUUGCAGAUCUAACUGUAGAGUUGGCCGCUAAACUUAGAGAGACAGAAAUUUCUCAACUUUUGAAGCGAUUUCCGACGGACAAACUGAUCGUCCAAGAGAGAGAGGAUGGAAAAGUUACAUAUUAUAGGGUAACUGUGGAGCCUACGGAUCCGGACUGGCCAUUUGACCUAAAGGAAAUUGAGAUUUUGCUGGAGUUCCCAGAAGACUACCCCUUGCAGGUUUUCACAAUUCAGAUUCCCGAAGAUCAAGAUUUACCCUCUGUUAUGGGCAGGCACGUGUGUGACGCCUCAAAAGCAUGGCUGGACGCAAAGCAUGCAACCAAUCAGUUGGUUGGAAAAGUGGAGCUUUUGUUUAGGCCUUUUCUACUUUGGUUAGAUCGCAACUUGGAGCGCUUAUAUACAGAAGGAGCUCGCCUGUUAAAAAGAGACAUUGAUGCAGAGAAUGCUGGCUUAGAGUUUGUGCCAUACCAACAGUUGCAAGCAGCAGUUGCAGUUAAAUCAAGCAAGAAUGAAAAUGUUGAAGAUACGGGACCACACGAAACUAAUCUCCAAGAAGAUCUGGAAGAUGAUGACUCUGAUAGCUGGAUAAGCUGUGAUGAAGAUGAUGACGACCUAGAGCCUGGCACUGGUGGUGACACCAUUGACGGGAUGAGAAAUGUGGAAGGAGGAACGUCAGUAGGCCCGAGAAAAGGAACAGAAAUACGUUUUUUAGGAUUACAAUUGGGAGCUGGAGUGGGCACUUUGACUCCACUUCACAUUGUAGUGUCCUUGCAGUGUGGCAGGUGUAAUAUUACAGCAGACUUGUCAAUGACAGGAAAGCAGCCAUGUUCAGCACAGUGUGAAAAAUGCAACAGUCGUAUUUCUGGCACCUUCAUCCCUAGUAUCUUGCACCAGUACUCAACUGUGCUGGGUUAUGUGGAUAUACAAGGCGCCACAGCCAGAGAUCUGGUAUUGCUGGAGUGUACAUUCAUGAUCAACUGCUUAAAUUGUUCUCAUGAAGAACCAGUAAAGAGUCUCUCUUAUGGCAUCACUAAAGAGCUGAAUUGUGUCCAAUGCCACAGCAAACUCAGCAUUUUCAGUGAAGCCACCAGAUUCCAAAAGAUUCAGCGUUACCCUGGCAAAGAUUCUGGUAGCAAAGAUGGUUUUAUCCGAAAGAAGACAUUGAGAGAUCCUUCUAUACAACCUGGGAAACCUCUUCCAGAUCGAGGCACCUGUAGACAUUACAGGAAGAGCCACCGCUGGCUAAGAUUCCCAUGCUGUGGGAAAGCUUACCCGUGUGAUAGUUGUCAUGAUGAAGCUGAAACCCAUGAAAUGGAGCUGGCUUCGCGCAUGUUAUGUGGUUAUUGUGCUAAGGAACAGCCAUACAGUACUGGGAAGCCCUGCAUUUCAUGUGGGAGCAUGAUGAAUAGGAACAUUCACGCAAUACACUGGGAAGGAGGGAAGGGCUGCAGAAAUAAAAUAAAGAUGUCAAGAAAAGAUAAGCAAAAAUAUAACAGCUCCUCGAAGACUGUGUCACGGAAGAGUGUAAGCAAGAAGUAGUUUUCAACCAUCAUAGUUUAAUAAUGAACAGAGUCUGGAUGGCACAAUAUGUACCAAAGAACAUAGGACUCUUUUUCAUCAGUAUGAUCGUUAUUCCACACAUUGCUUCUGUGCAGUUGCUUCAUUUACAGGGUUGCUAAACAUCUUUAAGACAAAUAAAACUGCCUGGUCAUAACAUUCGGAGUGUAAUAAAUAUCUUUUAUUUUAUUGUGUGCUAUUAUCCAUGCAUUCCAUCAGCAUUGUAAAUGAUGCACAGAUUUAUUCAGGUUGCAUUACUAGACCCAGGGUGCGUAAUCUUUCUGUUAGUCUAUCUAUCUAAUGUAUCAAAUCUAUCAAUCUAUUUUACACACAGUACAUGUUAAUUUGCUUUCUUCUGUUGUCUAUACUUGGUAUAGGGAUAUAUGCAGACAGCAUGCCAGUGAAAACAUUUGUAUUGAUUUUAUUGUGUUCAUUUUCUUCCUAAAUGCAAAAUUAAUGGGGUCUUCCCAUCUGGGACAUUUAUGGCAUAACGAUAGGAUAUGUCAAAUGUUUGAUAGGUGAGGGCCCCACCUCUGGGACCCACUCCUAUCUCCAAAAUGGAGCCCUGAAGUGAACAGAGGGCAAGCUGUACAUGCACGUCCACCCUCCACUCAUGGCUUUGGGACUUCCAAAAUACGCCAGUGCUGUCUCAUCUAUUUUUGGAGUUCCUAUAGUGGUGAUGGAGCGUUGUCCGCGUUUGCACGGCUAGUUCUCCUUUCAGUGCUGUGGUACUCCAAAAAUAGCCAAGCAUGGAAAGAAAGCAAUGUAGCCAGCAUUGUAAAUGGUGCAAAACAGAAAUAAGGUUGUGCCUGCUCUUUUUUUUUUCCUUUUAUUCAUUCACUUAUUUAUACUGGGUAGGUGACCCAGUGAGGAGUGCACCCACCGCUAUCUACCCAUCCAGGUGUUGAGCCUUCCAUUUUUGUAUAUCCUUUGAGAAAUAAGGCUCUGUUCACAUCUGCAUCAAAGUCUUCCAUUGUUUUGAUGGGUAAAAUGGCUUUGCACGUCGGUCAAAUUGACAGACCUCUCAAGGGAACUCGACGGACAUCAUUCUAAGUCAGCGAGGUCUUUCUUGUGUGAUCAGUGCCUGUUAUGCAUUGUGGUUUACAUUUGUAGUGGAAAUUACACUGCAGAUGUGAACAGAGCCAAAGGCUUUAUAGGUUCACAACUUGAAAACCUAGGGUAGAAAACAAGUUCAGAACUCUUUGUAUGUAUAUAUUAGCAGUCAUGUUCUGAUGCAGUUAAGACCCCAAUUUAAAAUUUUGUUUUCUGUGAUUCAGAGAUCAGAACCAUCGAUUUCAAAUAAAAUGUUAUAAAAAUCAUUCUGAUCUUUUUAUUCCCCCUCUACUGACGGAUAGCAAUAUCAGAGAUGCUUUUUGUGCACUGUAGCUGAUCUAUUAUAUCUCCCAACCAGUAGAACUAACUUCCAUACAUCAAAAAUAAUUAGCUUUUCUUUUUUACUUACAGUAAGGGUACAUGCACAUGACCGUGAUUAGCCCAGCAAACACAGUGGAGGCCGCAUCUCCCCUAACCGACUGUAUUCUACUAAUUUAUGAUACUGUCAGUCUCUAUCUGAUCCCAGGGCUAUUGUCCGCUACAUGUGGCCAUACCCAUAGGCUCAGUUUACACUCGGAUUUUGACGAGUAAUGCACCUGUAAACUGCCUCAUUUAUUUCAGCAGUGGCUUCUUUUUUACAUGUGAAAAGAAGCAGCAUGCCUGUCUUGGAGCAGAAUCAGCGCUGAUUUUCUCAUUGUAAUUAAUCGAAACCGAAAAAUACCGGUACAUAUUAAAAUGCAACUAAUUUUGAUGCAGAAAAAUCAGCUGGGUUCAGAGACUUUUUUUUUUUUAUAUUUUUUUUUUUUUUAUUUAUUUUUUUUUUUACACACUCGUGUAUUCUAGAAAUCAGCCAUGUAAACUGACCCUUAGGCUUACUAUUAAACUGCAGUUUACACAGUGGAGUACAUGCUCUUUCCACAAGAUGGCACUGCAGCCUUUACAUUAUAACAGGGACGCUCACCCUGUGUCCCUCCAGCUGUUGUAAAACUACAACUCCCACCAUGCCCUGCUGUAGGCUGUUCAGGCAUGCUGGGAGUUGUAGUUUUGCAACAGCUGGAGGGCCGCAGGUUGAGCAUGCCUGCAUUAUAGCAUUUCUAAUCAAAUGCAUUUAUAAGCUAAUUUGAAUGCAUAUUUUUGGUGUCAUUACACUAGUGGUUUGUGCCACAUGUGUACACAGUUUUACUAAAAAUGAUUAUGGUUUUGUGAUUUUUAUUUUUUCCAUAUUUUGGCCUCUUGGCUGAUACAGGUGAAGCACAUUGGAAACUAUUUGCUUCAACUAUACACAUCUGAAAAACACUUUGCAAAACCAAAUCAGUUUACUGUAAAAACCAAGUGUGGGUUUGCCACAAUGUUCCUAGAGAGCACGCACAAACUGCUGUGUGCAUGGACACUAUCUGUAUUGAACUCCUCUGUCCAAUGCAAGUAAAUCCGAGGAAAGUGGCGAAAAUGAUACAGCCUUUGUGUAAUAAUAAUAAGGCAAGAGAUGAAAUGUUAUUUUUGCUAAAUUUGUAAAAUUGUCUUUUUGUAAAUAUUUAGCUACAUAGGGUAAGUGAACACAAAAUAUAUCUAGAUCCUUGCAAUGCUUAGAUUCAGUGCAACAUAAAUCCACACUCUCUCCUGUUCCUUUUUAUCCUCUGAUAUCUGGGUAUCAUGUGCCAAUAUAUUGUUGGGCUAGUUGUAUGAGGGAGGCAGGGAGAUGCACAGAAAGUGCUCCCCUUUGGCAAUAGUACAGCAGAUAUCUUACCAUUAUAUUCUUUGGUUACAGAUCUAUUGCAUCAAUUGUACUUGUGUUUUUUUUUUUUUUUUUUUUUUUUUUUAGAU